AUGAAGUCUUUCUUCGUUGCCUGUCUUGCUGCAACUAGCGCCUUUGCAGCACCUCUUGCCGCUCCUCAGUCUGGCGGCUUCCCUAGCUUUGGUGGUGGCCUUGGUGGCCUUGGUAGCUCGACCAAGAACGAUGUCACGAGCGGCGUUUGCAAGCCCGUGACUUACAUUUUCGCUCGUGGUACCACGGAGAUUGGUAACAUGGGUUCCACUGUCGGCCCAGCUCUCGAAAGAGCCCUGGAGUCUGCCUUUGGCAGCAACAACGUCGCUACCCAGGGCGUCACAUACCCUGCAGAUGUCGCUGGUGCCAUAAGUGGUGCUCUCAGCCCUGCCACUGCUCAGGGUGCCCGCACUAUGGCUAGCUUGACUCAACAGGCUCUGAGCAAGUGCCCCGACACCAAAGUCAUUCUUGCCGGUUACUCUCAAGGUGCCGAGCAGGUUCACGGUGCUCUUAUGAACCUCCAGAACGGACAAGUCGCUGUUUACUGCAACCUCCUCGAUGGUGUCUGCAAUGGCGCUUUCGUCAUUUCUGCUGCUCAUCUUUCCUAUGCCAUCCAGGAUACUACUCCCGCUGCCCAGUUCGCCAAGAGCGUCAUCGGAAAUAUCUAA